AUGCCUGCCAAUGCCUCAGAACAGAGGCAAGAUCCUUCCUCGUCAUUGGUUUAUACCGAGUCUCAGCACAGAUCAACAGAUAGCAUCAGUCGUCAAGAUCUUGAGCUCAUCUGGAAAUGGAAUCAUACCGUCCCAGAGACAGUCAACAAAUGUGUUCACAGUCUUAUCACGGAGAGAGUGCGCCUGCAGCCUGACGACCAAGCUGUCCAGGCCUGGGACGGCAAUUGGAGCUACCGUCAGCUCGAUGAACUCUCCACCAACCUAGCACAUCGCCUCAUCGAUAUUGGCGUCGGUCCUGAUGUGAUUGUCCCUCUCUGCUUCCAAAAGUCAAAAUGGACUCCCAUCGCCAUGCUCGCUGUUAUGAAGGCCGGAGGUGCAUCAGUGGCUCUGGAAACCUCACUCCCUUUCGAGCGUUUAUGUAGCAUCGUUCAACAAACCAAGCCGAUUGCUAUCUUGGCAUCUUCCUUGACUGCUGGUCUUGCUGGCGACCUCGCCUCAGGCCCAGUCGUGCUUGUUGAUGACGAAAGUACUAGCUCCUCUGUGGCAAUCAACAAAUUGCCAGAGGUUCAUCCAUCAAGCAGACUUUACAUCAUUUUCACUUCGGGCAGCACGGGCACUCCCAAAGGCACAAUUAUCACCCAUUCCAACAUUUGUAGUUUGAUUCGCCACCAGCAGGCCACACAAGGCUAUUCAACUUCCUCACGGGUGUAUGAUUUUGCCAAGUAUUCCUUUGACGUAGCCUGGUCCAACUUCAUCCAUACCCUGACUGUGGGUGGCUGCCUCUGCAUCCCUCACCAGCAAGAGGCUAUCAGCAACCUUGCUGGCUCCAUACAAGCUUACGGCGCAAACUGUGUCAACAUCACGCCCACAGUCGGUGCCAUGAUUCGACCAUUGGACCUGAAAGGUACACUGAAGCAUGUUAUUUUCGCUGGAGAGGCCUUGACGAGUCAGCUGGCCUCAGAGUGGGCACAAGCUACCCGCGUGUUCAACUUGUAUGGCCCGGCUGAAUGCGCAAUCGGAGCCACGCUGGCUGACUUUGGUGAUGGCGGCGUUGCUGGCAAGCAAGACUCCAUUGUUACUAUUGGCCGCGGAGCUGGCCUUUGCACUUGGGUGGUCGAACCUGACUGCCAUGACGAGCUGGUGCCUGUUGGAGUCACUGGCGAAUUGGUGCUGGAAGGCCCAAUUGUCGGAGACGGAUAUCUCGGAGAGCCAGAAAAGACGGCCGCAGUGUUCAUCGAGAGCCCUAAGUGGUUGGUUGCUGGGUCUCCGGGCUGUCCAGGUCGCCUAGGUCGACUGUACAAGACAGGUGAUCUUGUGCGCUACGAAGCCAAUGGGAAUAUUACCUAUAUAGGCCGAAAAGACUUGCAAGUCAAGAUCAGCGGCCAGCGUGUAGAGUUGGGCGACGUCGAGUCUCACGUGCGGACAGAGGUCACUCAUGGCGGCUGGGAUGUGCGAGUGGCUGCCGAGCUCUUGACACCACGCAACAGCGACAGGUCUUUGCUUGUUGCGUUCAUACAGAUACCGAAGUCAGCUUCCAACCAAGACAAGGACGGACUAGAAACAGAGUUGCAGCGAGUCACCGAUGGACUCAACAACCGGUUGGCCGUCCAUCUACCGGCGUACAUGAUUCCGGCAGCCUAUAUUCCGCUUGAGGUUUUUCCCACAACAUCUAGUGGGAAAUUAGAUAGAAGCAAGCUCAGAGAAGUUGGGGCUGCAUUUUCAUUGAAGGAGCUUGUGGCUCAAGGUUCAUCUUUGCCAGACAAGAGGGAGCCAACCACUUUUAUGGAGCUCCGUUUACGAGGUCUUUGGUCCUCUGUUCUCGGUUUGAAUGACGGCAGCAUCGGAGCUGAUGAUGACUUUUUACGUCUUGGAGGAGAUUCUAUUGCGGCCAUGAAGCUGGCUGGCGCCGCGCGAGAUGACAGCCUGUUGCUCAAUGUCGCCGACAUCUUUACCCAUCCGGUUUUGUGUGACAUGUCAAAGAUCGUGGUCGAGCUUUUAGAGGAUAGUAGUAGCACCAUCGAGCCUUUUUCUUUGCUCAAAAACCAUAUCGACGCGCAGUUGGUGCGCAGACAGGCGGCCGUCGUCUGUGGCGUCGCUAUUGAGAAUGUGGCCGACGCCUUUCCUUGCACACCUCUACAAGAGGGUCUCAUCGCCUUGACAGCCAAGCAUCCAGGUGACUACAUCUCCCGGCAUCUCUUCCAGCUGCAGCCUGGAGUGAACAUGGAACGUCUUCGAAAGGCAUGGGAACAGGUCGUGGCGGCAACAGCGAUUCUUCGGACGCGAAUUGUCGACAUCAAGCCCCAAGGAAUGGUGCAGGUGGUCAUUGAUACCGAUGAAACGACCGGAGUAAUGCACGAGGAGCGACGCAUGAGCCUCGCCAAGUAUAGGCAGAUGGAUGAAAAGCUCACAAUGGACUUGGGAAGCCCCUUGUUCCGAUUCGCACUGUUCGAGGAGGAGCAAGAAGAUGAGAAAGAGGCGAGACGUUUCUUUGUGUGGACGAUCCACCACGCGCUAUAUGAUGGCUGGUCCAAAUCACUACUUUUAAAGCGGCUUUCCCAAGCCUAUCAUGGCGAGGAAGGAGAGCUUGAGGAUUUCACUGCAUUUCAAGGUUUCGUGAAGCAUAUCCUCAACAUACAGGAAGACGAGGCAACCAACUUUUGGUCGACACAGUUCAGAGACAUUAAUGCAGAAAUAUUUCCCCCACUGCCGUUGCCGCAUUAUCAGCCGAGAUCUGAUACCUUGGUAAAGUAUGACAUUAGAGAUCUCCAGUGGCCAAAUGCAAUGGGUAUGACAGCCUCGACCCUUUUGAGAGCUGCAUGGUCCAUUGUCACCUCAUUUUAUACAGGUGCAAAUGAUACCGUGUUCGGUAUCACCGUGAGCGGCAGGCAGGCAGCUGUCCGAGGAGUGGAUGGGAUGACCGGUCCCACGAUUGCGACAAUGCCGCUGCGGAUUGUCUUGGAUAAAGAAAAGACUGUCGGAGAACUUCUCGUCCAAAUUCAAAAUCAGGUCCUUGAUAUGGUGCCGUUUGAACAAACGGGCCUACAACGAAUCAGGCGGGUCAGCCCUGAAGCCGAGAGAGCAUGCGAUUUCCAGACGUUGCUCAUCAUCCAGCCAGCCGAGGAUGAGACGGAGCUGUCCUACCAUGAUCGUCUCUUUUUACGCGAGGGUGAUUUUGAGAAAACAGGUGAAGCGGAAAACGAAAUGGCAGAGUUCCGCACGUAUCCUUUGUCUCUGGAGUGCCACCUGCAGGAGCAAGGCGUUGUCUUGUCGACAAGAUUUGACUCUGCUGUGCUUCGACACGACCAAGUGGCCAACAUGAUGAGGCAGCUGGAAUACGUUGCCCGCCAGCUAUGUAAUUCUGAACAUGUAGAGGUCAAAUUGGGAAACCUGGCUUUGAUCGGUCAAGAGGAUCUCGCCCAGAUAUGGCGUUGGAACUCAAGCAUACCCGAGAUGGCCGAUGGUACUGUGCACGACUUGAUUUCCGCCACAACAAGGCAGCAGCCGAAUGCCGAGGCAGUAUGCGCGUGGGAUGGUAGCUGGACGUACCGCGAGCUUGACGACCUGUCGACGCGUCUAGCACAUCAUCUUGUUGGUUUGGGUGUUAGGCUCGAUAUCAUCGUCCCGCUAGUUAUUGAAAAGUCAAAGUGGAUGCCUGUAGCCAUGAUGGCUGUGAUGAAGGCCGGGGGAGCUUCUGUUGCUCUCGACGACACGCAGCCAGAGGAUCGACUUGGAAGUAUCGUGCGACAAUUGGAACCGGUCGUGGUGUUGACGUCGGCCAAGAAUCAGGACCUUGCUCGUCGCUUAGGCCCAACGGUCACGUGCAACCUGGCUGUGGUCGGCGAGGAGCACCUUCCCAAUCAUCCUUGUGCUUCAACAACUACACCAUCAACAACGAUAUCAUCUAUAGCACUCCCAAAAGUAGACUCUUCAAACAGACUCUAUCUCGUCUUCACGUCUGGAAGUACUGGAACCCCAAAGGGUGUGGUCGUAACUCAUGGAAACAUUACCAGCGCCAUCCGCCACCAGCGGGGUACCCUUGGAUUCACUAAAGAAUCACGAAUCUACGACUUUGCGUCGUACACAUUUGACGUAGUCUGGUGCAAUCUUCUCCAAGGCCUCUCUGCAGGAGGUUGUCUCUGUAUCCCGAGCAACCAUGAUCGCCGCACCGAUCCUCUCGGCGCCAUCAGCCGUCUUGGUGCUAACACAACCAUUUUGACCCCCUCGACUAUCCGCGGAUUGGACUUACAGCCCCUCCGGGAUCUACACCACAUUCUCUUCAUCGGAGAGCCACUCUCAGUUGAUGAUAUAAAAAGCUUGCAUCCUGACAUCGCCAUAACUAACCUCUACGGGCCAACGGAGUGUACGACGUUUAGCACGGCCCAACGCGUCGUCUUUCGCAAGUCUUCGGGCCUGGAAAAGCGUCAACCCAUUAGCAUAGGCACCGGCUUAGGUCUACGAACAUGGCUCGUACAGCCUUCGGAUCACUCCAAAUUGGUUCCAGUAGGAUGCGUUGGCGAACUUUUGCUGGAAGGGCCGCUUGUGGCGGCGGAAUACUUUGGAGACGACAAAAAGACGGCUGAUGCUUUCAUAUACGACCCAGUCUGGCUCUUGAAGGCAUGUCCCAAUCACCGUGGUCGCCAUGGACGUUUAUACAAGACUGGGGAUCUUGCACGGUACGACAUAGAUGGAAACCUGAUUUUCCUCGGACGGAAGGACUCCCAAGUCAAGAUCAAUGGCCAACGUGUUGAGCUGGGCGAUAUUGAGCACCACGUCCGAUCCAAUAUCGUAUACCGUCAAAAUUCAAAUGUCACAGUCAUCGCAGAAGUUGUGAAGCCUCAGGACUGCAGCAAUGAAAUGCUUGUAUGUUUUGUUCACAUCGGGGCCACCGAGGCAUUCUGUGAUGAAACUACUGUACACGAUGCGUUCGAGAGCUUGUCGAAUAGUCUUCUCGACAAGCUUGUUGGCAAGAUACCAGCGCAUAUGAUCCCAGCAGCCUGCAUUCCACUCAGCGAGAUUCCUAUGACACCCAGCGGCAAGAUUGAUCGUGGUAAGCUCCGUGUGAUAGGUCAACAAAUGGAUUUGGCGAAUCUGGUAGGAACCAACUUGACCUCUGAGUCCGUGCGAUUAGAGCCGUCUACAAUUACCGAAAUGCACCUAAGGGAUUUGUGUGCAGCCGUGCUCGGCAUCAGAGAAGAAAAAAUCGCCAUGGACAGUAGCUUCUUACGGAUAGGAGGUGACUCUAUUGGGGCCGUGAGGCUUGUCGCAGCAGCACGCGAGCAGGGCAUUACUUUCUCUGUCACCGAUGUAUUUGAGCACCCCGUGCUGAGCGACCUGGCCCGAAUAGCCUGUGUCAGUGCCAGCGAGACCGAGAAACUUGAAAUCGAACCAUUCACACUGUUAAGAAAUUUAAAAGUGACGAUAGCCACCCUCAAGCAGCGAAUCGCAAGUGAAUGCAACGUCCAGGCUGAGCAAGUCGUGGAUGCAUUUCCUUGCACCCCGCUGCAGGAAGGCUUGCUUGGAUUGACUGCUAAGCGAGCCGGCGAUUAUGUUGCCCGAUUCAUCUACCCGCUGCAGGCCAGCGUAGACUACGAGCAGUUUUUGACAGCGUGGGAGGCCGUCGUUGCAGCAGUACCUAUCUUGCGAACUCGGUUUGUUGAUCUGGGUGACCUUGGGUUGGCUCAAAUCAUUGUCGACGAACCAACCAAUUGGUCAUUCAAGAACGAGUUGAUUAGUGUCAAAGACUAUGAGUUAGCUGAUAAACAGCUCGAAAUGGGCCUAGGCUUAGCUAUGGCAAGAUUUGCCAUUGUAAAGGACCCAGCUGAUGGUAGACGUUUCUUUGUGUGGACUAUUCACCAUGCCCUCUACGAUGCCUGGUCUAUUUCCCUUAUAUUGGAAAAGCUGGAAGCUACAUAUAAUUUCAAUGAAUGCGGUACAAUCACGCCCUCAGUACCGCUACAGGCCUUUGUCAAGCACGUAAUAGACAUUGACCAGAUCAUGGCGACUACUUACUGGAGUGAGCAGUUUCGUGGAUCUGAAGCUCAAACCUUUCCGUCGCUUCCCUCAGCCACUUAUGAGCCAAUGUCUAGUGCCUUCUUCAAGCACCGCAUUAGAAACCUCCAAUGGCCAAAGACUGACACGACGCCUGCAUCGAUUUUACGGACAGCCUGGACGCUUUUGGCUGCAAAAUAUACUGCUAGCUCGGACAUCGUCUUUGGUGUUACUGUUUCUGGUCGACAAGCUCAUGUUCCCAACGUUGAGCAAAUUGUAGGACCUACAAUUGCCACAGUGCCCGUUCGAGUUGCUUUCGACUGGAGUGAAAUGACUGUAGAACAUCUUCUACGCCAAGUUCAGUCCCAAGCGGUGCGUAUGACGGCUUUUGAGCAGACGGGUUUGCAACGUAUUCGCUGCGCGAGCGCGGAGGCUGAACAAGCAUGCAAAUUUCAGACUUUGCUCGUCGUACAUCACGUCGAGGAUGGCGAAGACAAAGGGGGUAGUAAUUGGUUCAUUAGCAACCGGGACGAAGACGGAGAAGACGACACCAACGUCACCGAUCACGAUACAUUCGCCCUAACAAUUGAGUGUGGUCUGGAAAGAGAGGGACUCAGGCUGCGCAUUGCCUACGAUGCCAGGAUCUUGGAUACCAAGCAAGUCGAGAGGCUGGCUCACCAACUAGAGCAUGUUAUUCGACAGAUUUGUGCUCCAAGAAAUGCUAGCUGCCAUCUAGGUAGCUUGGAUAUGCUGAGCGCCCAGGACGUGGAUGAUAUCUGGACAUGGAACAACACCUGUCCCGAAGCUUUGCACACUUGUCUACAUGACAUGAUUUCACACAAAGCUCAAUCGAUACCGGAUUACCUGGCAGUCAAUGCGUGGGAUGGUGAUUUAUCCUAUCGCGAACUUGACGAGAUAUCUACGUACUUGGCGUUAUACCUCGUCAGUGUUGGCGUUGGGCCCGAGACAAUCAUUCCUCUCUAUUUUGAAAAGUCCAUGUUGGCGCCCAUUGCGAUGCUGGCCGUUAUGAAGGCAGGCGGUGCGUCGACCAUGAUGGACUCGCGCCAGCCGAAAGAACGUCUGCAAGUCAUCGUCGACCAAAUCAACCCUGUUGUGGUGGUGACUUCGUUGAGUAACAGAGAGUUGGCGAGCACACUCACCGUGGCACCCAUCAUUGCUCUCAGUAGUGAGCGCUUAGAGCAGUUGAGGAGUGAGCAAAAAUGCCUGACGCAGCUUCCACGAGUCCAGCCGUGGAACAAGGCAUACUUGAUAUUCACUUCAGGCAGCACUGGCGUCCCAAAGGGGGCCAUACUCACACAUGAAAAUGUGUGUAGUGCAGUUCGCCACCAGCAGCUCGCUCAGGGGUACACCCAUGAUGCUCGCGUAUACGACUUCACCUCGUACGCAUUUGACACAACCUGGAAUAACUUCAUGCACACAUUUACUAUUGGCGCCUGCUUGUGUAUUCCGUCAGAGGACGAACGCAGAGACGAUCUCGCCGGAUCUAUUGAGCGGUUUAAGCCAACCAUCCUCGACAUCACGCCAUCUGCCGCCACGGUCUUGGGACACAACACCAUCCAAUCGCUGCGUACAAUGAUCCUGGGAGGUGAAAGAUUGUCCCCCGAGCACGCUCGGCGCUGGGGAGCACUCGUCGACCUGAAGCUCUGUUACGGGCCGUGCGAGUGUACGCCCACGGCGACUGUUGCCACAGUCGACCCUGGGGUGGAUGGUGAACCACCCCUCGGCCCUGCCAUCGGGAUGUGUGCUUGGGUCACAGACCCAACGAAUGUUGACACUCUUGUCCCGAUUGGCGCCAUGGGCGAGCUUGUCUUGGAAGGCCCCCUUGUUGGUCAGGGUUAUUUGAACGACAAAGUAAAGACGGACGCGGUUUUCAUCGAUGACCUACCCUGGCUCCUGCGCGGCGGACCUGGCAGGUCCGGACGCAAGGGCCGCCUUUAUAAAACCGGCGACCUUGUGAAGUAUAAUACAGACGGUUCACUGAUGUUCAUCGGCCGAAAAGAUGCCCAGGUCAAGAUCAACGGUCAACGAGUGGAACUCGGCGAAAUAGAAAAUCACAUGGUCCGCCACUCACUGACGCGCCAGGCCGUAUCUCUGUAUCCUCGGUCUGGCCUUUGUUCGAGAAAGCUUGUUGGAAUCUUUAGCUUGGAAGACGUCCCCGAAAGCAACAACUUGUCGCCCAUCGAACUUGUCAAUACAAAGCAUGAUGCCGCUAUUCAGCAGCAUAUUCUAACGCUGCAACAAAUCUUAGGAGAGGCUCUGCCUUCAUACAUGGUACCGUCUAUUUGGGUCCCUCUUAAGAACAUUCCCCUGAAUCCUUCAGGCAAGCUGAACCGCCGUCUGGUGGAAGACUGGCUGAUCAACAUAAGCUCCGAAAAUUUCUCUAGAAUCAGUAACGUGGGUUCCUCAUUUGCGACUCGUGAACCCGAGACGCAUGCUGAGAGUGUUAUCUGCGAUGCGUGUUGUGUCAUCUUGAAUAUUCCUCGUGUUGAAGUGAAUCUGGGGCGUUCUUUUGUCGCCAAUGGCGGCGACUCCAUCUCUGCCAUGCGUGUCUCUUCGCAUUGCCGUGCUGUCAAACUGGCCGUUUCUGUGAGUGUGCUGCUAAGAAGCAAAUCACUCGUUGAUGUAGCCCGGCUCUCUGCUGCUGCCGCUGCCCCAGACCUACAUCGUGCCCAAGGAGGCGAAGAGGUAUUUGGCAAGGGCUUCAAGUUGUCGCCUAUUCAGAAGUGGUUCUUCGGCCAGACUCCACCUGAAUGUGUCACGAAGGAAAACUAUCAUUGCAACCAAGGGUUUUAUGUCAAAAUCAACCGUCACCUUUCGACCGAGGACGUCUCCCUGGCUAUUCGUAAGAUCGUCGAGCAGCAUUCCAUGCUCCGUGCGCGAUUCCACUACUCCAAUGAAGAAUGGAUGCAGACUGUUCCCAAGCCAGAAGAUGGUUUUUAUCAUUUUGGCUCCUUUGAAGCCCAGUCUCUGGAUGAAGUGAAGUCCAAGACAACAAAGAGUCAUCGAAGCCUUGACAUUGAGCGCGGCCUCGUUUUCGCAGUAGAUCUAUACACGUUGCCAUGUGGUGACCAAUAUUUGACUUUGAUCGCCCAUCAUCUAGUCGUUGAUCUCGUUUCAUGGCGCAUCAUCUUACAUGAUCUCGAGGCUUUACUUACCGGAAAUAAGCUUCUCGAUGGACUUCCCUUUCAGCUCUGGAACAAGCUACAGAUAAAGGAAGCCCAGUGCUCUACGUUCCUACCAGACAAGGUCCUCUCUACUACUAAUGUACACAAUAACCAUAGUUUUUGGGAUUUCAACGAGAAUACGCCCAACAAUACUGAAGACCAUACAGAAAUGAACGUCGAGGUUGAUAAAGCCACGACCGCACUGAUGCUCAAAGGCGCGAACUCUGCGUUCAACACGGAGCCUGUCGACCUAAUUCUCUCAUCUAUCUGGGACGCUUUUUUCCAUGUGUUCCGUUCCCGAGAUGGGCUGACUAUCUUUAAUGAAAGCCAUGGACGUGAGCCGUGGACGACAGAUAUCGACUUGUCACGUACUGAUGCCCGACGCCGGUUACCCUCCAAUGGCUGGGCUUACUGGGUGUCAAGACAUAUGAAUGAAAAGGGCAUGGCUGCCUUCGCAUCUCAUAACUCUGUUAUGGAAGUCCAAUUCAAUUAUCAUGGACAGUUCCAACAGCUGGAGCGCACCGACUCUCUCUUUGAUGCGUGUAAUUUUGAUGACAAGGUAUCGGCCGUUGGACCGUCUCUUCCAACAUCAGUCUUGUUUGAUAUUAAUGUUGUUAUUGAUUCUGGAGUGACCAAAAUCUCCUUUGCUUGGAACCGACAUCUUGCUCACCAGGAUUUGAUCCAAGCAUGGAUUGCACAAAUCAGCCCCUCAAUGGAAAACCUAUGUGCAGAACUAGCUAAUAGACAGGCUCAGAAUACUCUUUGUGAUUAUGAGUUUCUCAGCCUUGACUAUAGAGGGCUCGACCAACUCCAUGAGGACACUUUACCCCAUAUUGAAAAGGUCAAUAAUGCACAAAUCGAGUCCGUCUACCCAUCUUCUCCUAUGGUAGAUGGAAUUCUUCUCAGUCAGUUGAAAGGUACAGGCUCCUAUAAAACUUCCCAAACUUGGGAAAUACGACCGGCCAAAUCCGGCUUGAUUUGCCUUGAUGCCUUGACAAACGCGUGGCAAGCGGUUGUCGCUAGACACCCCUCUUUGCGAACUGUAUUCAUUGAUAGCAUGGAUGCCUCGGUUGCGUUCAACUCAGUUGUGUUAAGAUCCUACCGUGGCGACGUUGCCCUUCUUAAAGAGCAGAGUUUCGAAUCUGCCAAUACUAGACUUAGGGAACUGCCCGAAGCCGAUUACACAUUAGAUAGGCCGGCUCAUCGAUUAGUGGUUUGUGAGAUCGAGGAAGAUAGCCGUCUUAUCUGCAAAAUCGAGAUGAGUCAUGCAAUUUCCGAUGGUGCUUCAACUGACAUCACCAUGCAAGAUUGGGGUCGGGCUUACUCUGGGGAGCUCAAUGUCGAAGAACUAGGUGACACUAGUGAUGCUUUUGCUCGAGCCCUUCUGUCCGUGUCGAGAACGGAUAAGAUGACCUACUGGAAGCAGAAACUGUCCACUACGGAGCCUUGCCUUUUCCCACGUCUUGCUGAUACUGAGCUGGUAGCCGAUGACCAUGAUGCUGGAGUAGUCACCUUGGAACUCUGUAAAGAGACAUUCGAUCAGGUUCAACAAUUCUGCAAGUCACAAUCUGUAACUCCUGCCACCCUGUUUCAGAGCGCUUGGGCUCUUGUUCUCUCGAGUUAUUCAGGCACCGACUCUGUCUGCUUUGGGUAUCUGGCAUCUGGGCGGGAAUUUCCUGUCAAGGGUAUCGUGGACUCUGUUGGUGCUUUUGCCAACGUUAUGAUCUGCCAAGUCAAUAUUUCCCCAGAUUGGAGUGGUGCAAACUUGGUCCAACACAUACACAGCCAAGUCUUGGAAGAUUUGGACUUCCAACAUUGUUCGAUUGGCGAUAUACAACACGAGCUAGGUCUCCCCUUCGGACAAAAUCUUUUCAACUCCAUCAUGUCAUUCCAAAGGGACAACGAUAGCCUCGACGAAGGUAUUAGGACCCGAGACUUGUUGUUCACCAAUCUUGAGUGGGAAGAUCCAACCGAGUAUGAUAUUACGAUGAACAUAAGAUAUACCGACGUUUCGGCCUGCUUCACGCUUGAACACCGACUAGCGUGUGUUUCUAAUGAACAGGCCAACCGCGUUGCUUUACUUCUGGAAAAAACGAUCAUAUCUCUCGUUGGAGAGGGCAAUGUGGACUCUGUCGCCGGCCAUAAGGCGCAAAAUUUGGCUGAAAUGGAAAGCAUAACCGACAAAGAUUUGCAAGACAUUUGGAAGUGGAACCAGGCUGUGCCUGAAGCAGUUAAUGGACUAGUACAUGAUACAAUUGCCGACGUCGUUCAGAAAAAUCCCGAUUCGCCUGCCAUCUGCGCUUGGGAUGGUGGUUUCACGUAUGCCGAGAUGGAUGCUCUUGCUACAAAACUCGCAUAUCACCUUGUUACAUUUGGUAUUGGGCCUGACGUUAUUGUGCCUUUGUACUUUGAGAAGUCAAAAUGGAUGCCUGUGGCUAUGCUUGCUGUCAUGAAAGCAGGUGGUGCAUCCGUGGCGCUGGAUAGUACUCUCCCACAGGAGCGCAUUCGCAGCGUCGUUUGCCAGGUGAAUCCUAUAGUUAUUCUAACAUCCUCAGCAAAUCUACAAAUGGCAGAACGUCUCACAGAUUGUGUUGUUAUCCCUGUGAGCGCUACACACCUUGAGCAGCUCGGCACUGUCUCCAGGUCAUUGCCGACCAUAGACCCAUCCAACAAACUAUAUGUGGUCUUUACAUCUGGUAGCACAGGACUUCCUAAAGGCGUUGUCAUCACGCAUUCUAAUUUCUGCAGUGCUAUUCGGUACCAGCAGCAAGCUUUGGGUUUCAAAAAUACAUCGCGCGUAUAUGAUUUCGUGAAGUACGCGUUUGAUGUGACUUGGUCUAACUUUCUGCAUACCAUGACCGCGGGCGGCUGCCUCUGCAUCCCCUCCGAAACCGAAACUUCUAAUCAUAUCGCCAGCUCAAUGAUCUCGUACAAGGCAAAUUUUGCUGAUCUGACCCCAUCUGUCGCUAGCACUCUACGCCCAACCGAUCUUGCUACGCUAGACCAUCUGUUGUUCAGCGGCGAGGCAUUGACAAGUCACCUCGCUGCGCAGUGGGGCGAGAGAGUGACUGUUCUCAAUACAUAUGGCCCCGCAGAGUGCAGUGUCAAGGCAACAUUUGAAGAGGUUGGUAGGGCCGGUAGUGGUGCAUCAGCUGCUAGCAUAGGUCGGGGAUUCGGUAUGUGUACUUGGAUUGUUAAAUCGACAAACCAUAACCAGCUUGUGCCGUUUGGUGCUGCUGGCGAGCUUUUACUUGAAGGGCCGCUUGUUGGCGCAGGGUAUCUGGGAGAUCCUGCCAAAACCGAGGCGGCCUUUAUCGAGGAUCCGGCUUGGCUUGCUCGUGGAGGGCCGUGCUAUGCUGGCCGCUCGGGACGUCUUUACAAGACUGGAGAUAUAGUACGUUAUAAUUCAGACGGGGGCAUGACUUUCCUAGGUCGAAAGGAUGCUCAAGUCAAGAUUAACGGUCAGCGACUGGAGCUUGGGGAUGUUGAGUAUCAUGUGCGGUCGAAUAUUAUCCAUGACGGGCUUGUGCAGGUAUUCGCUGAAAUCAUCAAGCCCCGGGGGAGCGAAAAGUCUCUCCUUCUAGCUUUCGUUUACACUGGGGGAAGAUUAUUGUCCACCAACAAGCAACGCGUUGAGCAGACCAAGAAGCUUACAGCUGGCCUUGAUGAGAGACUUGGUUCCAAAAUACCGAGCUUCAUGAUUCCGGCCGGUUAUCUGCUAAUAGACCAUAUUCCCAUGACAACAACCGGCAAGACUGACCGUCGUCGAUUGCGUGACAUGGGCCAAGAGUUGACCUUUGAACAAGUCAUGUCGCUCAAUUCUCGCCAAGCCCAACACAAGCCGCCCAGCACAAUCACAGAGAAGCGUCUGCAACGCCUUUGGGCAUCCGUCCUAGGUGUCAAAGCUGACUCAAUCAGCGCAAAUGAUAGUUUCCUCAGGAUUGGAGGGGAUUCUAUUGGUGCCAUGAAGCUGGUGGGACUUUCUCGUGAGGAGGGACUCAGCCUCACGGUCACGGAUAUAUUCAAACAACCCAAGCUGUGCGAUUUGGCCUUGGUGGUGACGCAGGUCUCUAGCAUUGAUCUUGACACUAUUCAGCCCUUUUCUCUCCUUAACCACGGUAUUAAUUCUCAGGUGGCGCGGAAUAAGGUUGCUGAGCUGUGUCAGGUUGAUAGCUAUAAGAUCCAAGACGUAUUUCCGUGCACGCCGUUGCAAGAAGGCCUUCUUGCACUGACGGCUAAGCGAGCCGGUGACUAUGUGGCUCAGUAUGAGAUGCCACUGCGAGAGACCACUGAUGUGGUUAGGUUCCAAAAGGCUUGGGAAGAGGUCUUGCGGAUGGACCCAAUUCUGCGCACGCGAAUUGUCGACCUGCCAGGCCAAGGGUUGGUCCAAGUCAUUCUAGAGCAAGAUGUGGUUUGGACACAAUGCUCCAGUGUCCGAGAGUAUAGAGAAACAGACGAGAAGCUCGGGAUGGGAUUAGGCAACGGACUUAUUCGAUACGCUAUCAUCCACGAGUCCGAUCACAAGCAACAUUCUGUUUUCAUGUGGACGAUACAUCAUGCCCUCUAUGAUGGAUGGUCUAUGCCGCGCAUUCUAGAGAGGCUGGAAGUGGCAUACAGGGGAGAGGUGGCUCUUCAGGAGGCUCCUCCGUUUCAACGCUUUGUUGAGCACAUUAUGAGUAUUGACGAGGAACGCACGAAGAGUUUCUGGCAGGCACAGUUUGAGAAUUCCGAGGCCCGAGUGUUCCCUUCUUUGCCGUCUCCCGCGUAUCAACCGCUUGCCAACUCAUCCAUCUCCCACUGCAUUGGCGACCUAAAUUGGCUAGACAGCGAUAUCACAGCAUCCACAGCCAUUCGCACAGCAUGGUCUAUCUCAGCGGCGAAGUACUCAAACUCGAGUGAUGUGGUUUUUGGAGCUACAGUGAACGGUCGGCAGGCUGAUGUCGAGCAAGUGGGCGAGAUGACGGGUCCUACACUCGCAACCGUGCCCGUCCGAGUGGUCUUGGAUUGGGAAAAGACCGUUGAGACUUGUCUUGAACAGGUUCAAGCCCAAUCCGUGGAAAUGGCCGAAUUUGAGCAGACGGGGUUGCAAAAUAUUCGUCAAAUAAGCGCCAAAGCGAAGCAGGCCUGCGACUUUCAAACGCUUUUGCUCAUACAUCCUCCAGAGGAGGCAGCGCAAUCCGAGUCUCCGAUCUUUGCCCUAAAGGAUCAAGGUAGUAGUGAUGGAGAUGAUGAAGAGGUCCAACUAUCAGAGUUUGACACACACGCCAUCACAAUUGAAUGUGAUCUAUUGCAGCGUGGUCUGAACGUGAGAAUCGAGUUUGAUCACAACAUCUUGACUCAGCGUCGGAUCGUAAGACUAGCUGCACAGAUGGAGCAUAUUCUGCGGCUAUUGUGUGACCCAAAGCAAGCCAAGAGGCGAUUGGGAGACUUGGACCUGAUUAGCAAGGGAGAUCUUGAAGAUAUCUGGGGGUGGAACGCUACUGUUCCGGAGACGGUUCAGGGUCUUGUGCACGAUAUAAUCAUCGCAAAGGCUCGGAAACAGCCUAAAGCCCCUGCUAUAUCCGCGUGGGAUGGCAAUCUUAGACCAGAAGUCAUUGUUCCUCUGUGCUUUGAGAAAUCCAGAUGGACUCCAGUUGCGAUGCUUGGUGUCAUGAAGGCCGGCGGGGUUUGUGUUAUGCUGGAUCCAAACUUGCCCGAGGAUCGACUCGUGAGCAUUUUGCAGCAGGUCAAGCCGAAACUUGUGCUCUCGUCUCUGGAAAACAAGGCGGUCGCCACCGGUCUGUCAGAUGGCAAGCCUGUAAUUGUGAUUGAUGAAAACCUGUUGCUUUCACUGGGAGUGCACGAUUCAGAGGUCCUACCUAAAGUGCUGCCGUCAAACACGCUCUACAUUGUCUUCACCUCGGGCAGCACCGGUAUUCCUAAGGGCGUACGGAUUACGCAUGCCAAUUUCAGCAGCUCUCUGCUACACCAACAUAGCGCUCAUAGUUUUGACAGCCGGCCGGAUGCGCGAGUUUACGACUUCGCGUCCUAUACAUUUGACACAUCUUGGCAGAACAUGCUGGCGACCUUUGACUGUGGUGCCUGUUUAUGUAUUCCAUCAGAAGACGAGCGACGCGAUGAUCUAGCUGGUUCGAUUCAACGAUUCCGGGUCACACAUUGUGAAUUAACUCCCUCAACCGUCAGGGUGCUACCUUUGUCAACCCUCAAGUCCCUCGAUACUUUGAUCUUGGGAGGUGAGAGGCUGCAAGAUGAGUGCGCCAAGAAAUGGGCGCCUCUCGUGAAUCUCAAGAACUCAUAUGGUCCUUGCGAAUGUACGCCGACAUCUACCGUUGCCGAUGUAGACCCAAUCAAUCCCAACGCAGCGCGCAUAGGCACAGGAAGAGGUGUCAACACUUGGAUUGUAGACACUAUAACUGGCAAGUCCUUGGUGCCUAUAGGAGGCAUCGGUGAGUUGAUGCUCGAGGGACCACUUGUCGGGCCUGGCUAUCUCGAAGAUGUUGAAAAGACUGCUUCUGUCUUCAUUAAUAAACCAUCCUGGCUUGCCCGAGGAGCUCCAGGCCAUCCCGGCCGUGAGGGACGUUUGUAUAAAACCGGCGACUUGGUCUACUACGACGAAGACGGUGCCCUCAAUUUUGUCGGGCGCAAGGAUGCUCAAGUCAAGAUUAACGGCCAACGUGUGGAACUAGGUGAUAUAGAAAACCACGUUGCGCGCCAUCACUUGACAAGACAAUCAGUAUGCCUGUUGCCCAAAUCGGGGCCUUGGGCUAACACGCUCGUUUGCAUCUUCAGCGUCCAGAAUAGGCAGCCUAGUCGUGAUCAACUUGACGUAGACCAAGAUCAACGAUCGCCUUCUCCGGCCACCAGCUCGGCAUCGCCUGAAAGCAGUCUUUCCAGUAGCUUGAGCUUCACGGAGGAUUCCACGCUUUUGGACUCGCCGCCCGGCGCCGAGAUAACGGUUGAAAACCUCACUGGUGCUAUUCAAGGUCACAUUGAAGAUAUGGAGAGUAACCUUGAGAGCUCUCUACCUUCCUACAUGGUUCCCACAAAAUGGAUUGCCUUGAAGGACAUCCCUCUUAAUCCAUCCGGCAAGCUAGACCGCAAGAAGCUUGAAUUGUGGCUUAUUGAAAUGGAGCAAGAGAUGCAUGCCAAGCUGUUCAACAUUGGUGAUAGCGCUAUUUGUCAAGAACCGGAUACCCAAGCCCAACGAGUUUUAAGGAAUGCUUGUAGCCUUGUUUUGAACGUUCCGGCCUCUGAAAUCAAUCUUCAGCGCUCCUUCAUAUCAAAUGGAGGAGAUUCUAUAUCGGCUAUGCGACUGAGCCCAUACUGCCGUUCCGAAAACGUAAUCUUCUCUGUGGCCACUUUACUCAAGUCCAGGACUUUGGCUGAGGUGGCCAACCUCGCUUCUGCUGCUACAGGAACAGAGCUCUUUCACAGCACGGAAGAGUUUAACAAACCAUUUGCCAUGACACCAAUUCAGCAAUGGUUCUUUGACCAAGCUCCCAAUAACCUCGUCAACACGCCAAGUCACCACUGUAACCAAUCGUUCUACGUUCGCAUCAACCAGAAAAUCGACCCAGAGGAUAUCCGCAGAGCGCUUGCAAAACUCGUGGACGUACAUUCGAUGCUCCGUGCCCGCUUUGAGCUUCAAGAUUCUGUAUGGACGCAGACUAUCCCUCCAACGGAUGAAGCAAUAUAUCAUUUUUCCAUUGUAAAGCUAGAGUCAAUAACAGAGAUGCAAUCUCUCGCUGGGCGUCGUCAACAGCUUCUAGAUAUCGAGCGGGGCUUGGUAUUUUCUGCCGAUCUCUGUCAACUUAAUGUAGAUGAGCUUUAUCUCGUUCUGAUAGCCCAUCACCUGGUCAUUGACCUUGUCUCUUGGAGAAUUAUUCUAGAUGAUUUAGAAAUUCUUCUUACAGGAGGAACUCUGCCGCCAAGCUUGCCGUUCCAGAUUUGGAGUGGGCUGCAACAGGAGGAGGCGAAAACCUCUAGGUUCGACCCGCAGCAUGUCUUGUCCACAGGAGGUGUCUGCAAUGAUCUGAAUUUCUGGGGCUUUACUUCAGAGACUCCAAACGCAACAUGUGACCAUAUCGAAAGAUCAUUCAAAAUCGAUAGGCACACCACAUCACUCGUUCUGAAGGAUGCAAAUUACGCCUUUGGCACUGAACCCGUCGAGCUGCUCCUUUCAGCAUUGUGGGACGCUUUCUUUUCUACCUUUCCAUCACGAAAUAACCUCACGAUUUUCAACGAGGGGCACGGCCGUGAGCCCUGGAGUGCUGAGAUUGACCUAUCUCGAACAGUGGGCUGGUUCACCACAAUGAGCCCGAUACAUAUCGCACGACAGGACAAAGGUAGUAACCUUGCGGACAUUGUUCGAAUUGUCAAGGAUGCAAGGAGGAAACAGCCCGGCAAUGGAUGGGCUUACUUCACUUCAAGGUAUCUGAACAACAAAGGGGUUGAUGCUUUCAGUUCCCACGAUUCGGCAAUGGAGAUGGUUUUCAACUAUCAUGGUCAGUUCCAGCAGCUAGAAUGCAAAGAUUCCUUCUUCAGAAGCAUUACACUUGAUAAUGUAUCUGAUGUGGGGGCGGACCUCCCCGCCUCUUCGCUGUUCAACAUCAACAUGUCUAUCGAGGGAGGAGAGACUCAUGUCUCAUUCGCAUGGAACAAACACAUCUGCAAACAGGAUCUUAUCAAUCAAUGGGUUGAUCGGAUUGGCAGCUGUUUACAGUCAUUGUGCGAGAAUUUGGUUUCUAAGCCGAUGGAACGAACACUCGUCGACUUUGAGUUUCUGAAUCUAGACUACGCGGGCUUGGACAGGCUGCAAAGAAACGCCAUUCCUGAAAUCGAGAAGCUCAACCGUACAAGAGUAGAGGACAUUUACCCUUGCUCUCCAAUGGUGGAAGGAAUGCUUCUGAGCCAGUCCAAGGGGGUUGGGUUUUACGAAACUUCUCAGUUUUAUGAGAUUAGGCCGCGUAGCUCUCGUGCUAUUAACCUAGACCAGUUGUCUUCUGCUUGGCGAGAUGUUAUUGCACGCCAACCAUCUUUGAGGAGUAUUUUCAUCGAGAGUCUAGACUCAGGUUCCGUGCAUAAUCAAGUCGUCCUGGAGGAGUGUGAGGGUGAUAUUGUGCUGCUCGAAAGUAACAACCUGCAAGCUGCACAAUCGCUACUUCGGAAUCUUCCAAAGGUGGCAUACCACCAACUCAGGCCCCCUCACCGCAUAACACUUUGUAAAAUCAUCGAUACGAACAGUGUCCUUUGCCGAAUGGAAAUGAGUCACACAAUCACAGACGGUGCAUCUACUGGUAUUGUCAUUGAAAACUGGGCUAGGGCUUAUGACGGCAUCUUGCACAAAGACAACCUAACCGAGACGUGCCGCGGUUUUGCGCGUGUUUUGAAGGCCAAUCUAGCGGAAAGCAAGAAGAGUUAUUGGAAGAAAAAGUUGAAUGGCCUUCAACCUUGUCUAUUUCCACAUCUGGAAAAGAUAUCGCAGCCUUCGGAAGUGGUUUCGUGGUCAGUUGUUGAUAUAGAUGGGGCAGAUUUCGCUUCUGUGCAAAAGUUUUGCGAGUCUCACUCAGUCACGCCGGCCAGUCUUUUCCAUUCAGCCUGGGCUCUCACAUUGGCAUCGUAUGCAGGCAUGCAGAAUGUUUGUUUUGGCUAUGUCGCAUCAGGUAGAGACCUUGACGUUCCCGGAAUUGGGGAAGCUAUUGGCGCGUACGCAAAUAUGCUUGUGUGUCGCGCAGACAUUUCACCAGACUGGACGAAGCAACGAUUUGUACAAACUCUUCACCAUCAAGUGUUAGAGGACAUGGAAUGGCAACACUGCUCUCUGGCGGAUAUUCAACAUGAUUUGGGAAUUGUUUCCGGGCAGCAGCUGUUCAACACCAUCAUGUCUUUCCAAAAGGAUGCCGAUGAUGCUGGGACUAUCAGUGGAGGCUUAGACUUCAUCGACGCUGACGGGGACGACCCCACGGAAUACGAUGUUUCUAUCAGCAUAACAUUUAGUGCUGAGUUGGUGAAGCUGUUCGUCAACUGUGUGCCAUCUGGGUUUAGCAACGAGCAAGCACACCGCAUUGUGUCCUUACUCAGGGCAACAGUCCUCCAAAUAGUGAGUCACGACGAUCUCCGACAUGAGCAGAACCUGGUGCGCAGCAUUGAUAGGGUAGCCGCCAAGGACCUUCAGGCGAUUUGGGAAUGGAACUCGGUCCUCCCCGAGACUGUAAAUACAUGUCUCCAUGAACUCAUUGCUCAGACGGCUCAAAGACAGCCUGAGUCGUGUGCUGUCGAUGCAUGGGAUGGCAACUGGACCUACCGCGAACUAGAGCAUAGGUCCACUCAACUCGCGCAUCAUCUUAUCAAGCUGGGCGUCAGGCCCAAUACUGUUGUUGCUUUGGAUCUCGAAAAGUCGCGAUGGACGCCCCUUGCCAUGCUAGCAGUCAUGAAAGCUGGAGGAGCUUCUGUUUUGCUGGAUACAUCCCUAUCUGGUGAUAUUAUUAACUCGAUUAUGGAGCAAUCAAAUCCCUCCCUCUUGGUCAUCUCGAAUUUGACGAAAGGAAUCACGCGCAAGCUCUCAAAUCUUCCAGUGAUGAUCAUGACCGACACUACCCUGGACACAUUGCCUGAAGAUCCUGCUGCUUCUCUACCUACUGUUCGCUCAACAAGUCAGGCGUGCCUUAUCUUUGCCACGAGCAAAGCCGGUUCACUCUUUGGCUCUAUCUUCACCCAUGUAAACCUUUCCAGCCUUGUGAAAUACCAGCAAAGCGCCUUAGGAUACAAGUCUAACUCCAGGGUCUACGAUUUCAUGCCAUGUGCGUCCCAUAUAACCUGGAAGGUGUUUGCACAUACUUUCACAAGCGGUGCUAGCCUCUGUAUUCCUUCAGAACACAAACACCAGACAAUUACUCAGUCAAUAAUCCAAUGGCAACCGACAAUAUUGAACAUUAAUGUGUCAGAUGUGGCUUGCCUUGACGAAAGCUGCGCCCAGUCACUACAAACGUUAAUAUUAGACGGAGAACGUGUAUCCCCGGACAUAGUCAGAAGGUGGAGUUCAUUAGUAGACCUCAAGUUUGCAUACGGCUUCUGCGAAGGCUCAAUGGCGGCUACCGUGGGAACUAUUCGCAAAGAGGAUGCCAGUGACCCAAGCAUCGGAAGAGGCCUUGGUGUGAACACUUGGAUUGUUGAUCCUCAAGACAGCGGGAAACUUGUGCCCAUCGGGAGCGUUGGCGAGCUUGUGUUGGAGGGGCCUUUGAUUAGCAUACGUCAUGGAGGUGAUAAUGAGGAUGCGGCGGCAGCUUUCGUUGACAAUCCACCAUGGCUCAACCGUGGCUGUGAGGUUCUGAGCCAUCCAGGCCGCAGAGGGGAACUCUUCAAAACUGGCGAUCUAUUCCGCUACAACGCAGAUGGCACAUUGGUUUUCGUUGCUCAUAAAGAUGUCAUGGUGAAGAUUCAGGGCCAGCAUGUGGAGCUGGAAGAAAUUGAGUAUCACAUGCUCAGUCUGUCGUCGGUACGUCAAGCGGCUUGCCUGAUUCCCAAGGCUGGGCACUACGCCGGCAAGCUUGUUGGUGUCUUUAGUCUUGAUGGAAUCUGCGAGAGCAGUAGUGACAUUGGAAGUAUCGCUACACAUCUCAUCCCAAGAGACAAGUCUGAGGAUGUACAGGGGUGUAUCGCGUCUUUGCAAUGUAUGCUGGAUCAGUCAGUUCCUGCUUUCAUGGUUCCAACUGUCUGGGUAGCUCUGAAAAACAUCCCUUUGCACCCAUCAGGCAAUUUGAACCGAAAGUUGCUCGAUAACUGGCUUCGUACGCUCGAUGCGGAAACAUACGCUAGAAUAUCUAGCAUAGGCUCAUCUUCCUGCGACCCAGUAACAACAGCAGAAAAAGUGAUCCGAGAUGCAUGUAGUCACGUUCUCAGUAUCCCCAUCAACCACAUCAACAUGCAGCGGUCUUUGAUCGCCAAUGGCGGUGAUUCUAUAUCUGCCAUGCAAAUCAGCCCGUUGUGUCGAGCAUCUGGAAUCUCUGUUUCUGUCGCCUCGCUGCUCAGAAGCAAGACGCUCGUCGGCGCAGCCGAAUCGGCAACAGUUACCACGGGACCCUCUGUGUCUUGUGAGCAAGAAUUUGACAAGCCUUUCAACCUCUCUCCAAUCCAACAAUGGUUCUUCAGGCAGUGUCCGCCUGAAAAGGUGAAUUCAACAGCUUACUACAGUAACCAGGCCUUUUAUGUUCGUGUAAGACGCCAGGUACAGCCUGAUGAUGUAUCCAAUGCCAUUCGAAGUCUUGUCGACCAGCAUUCGAUGUUAUUGGCACGGUUCUCAUUUGAUCAAACGACAAGUUCGUGGACACAGCUUGUUCCUCAACCAAGCGACGCUGUCUACCAUUUUGCAUCCUCACAGGUGGAGUCUCUUGCUAUUGUUGAGUCUAUUGUAGCUCAGCGUCACCAAGAGCUUGAUAUAGAGAAAGGGUUAGUUUUUGCUGCGGACUUGUUCACCAUUCCGUCAAGUGACCAGUACCUCACACUUAUUGCUCAUCAUUUGGUUGUCGACUUGGUGUCGUGGCGCAUUAUUUUGGAUGAUUUGGAGGUUCUGCUGAACGGUGACAACAUUCAUAAAGAGCUGCCAUUCCAAGCUUGGCAGAAUUUACAGAGACAAGAAGUUCAGGCGCCAAAUUACGCACCUAAGAAAGUGUUGUUCAGCGAGGUGCGCAACGACCUUGAAUUCUGGAAUUACACUUCAAGCACCCCGAACACCUUUAACGAUCACAUUGAGCAAUCAUUUGAGGUUGGCCGUGAGACAACUGCAGUUUUGCUUGGGGAAGCCAACAGGGCUUUUGGCACGGAGCCAGUUGAUUUGAUUCUGGCGUCAGUUUGGAAUGCAUUCUUUGACACCUUUAAGACACGUACUGGCCUUACCAUCUUCAACGAAGGGCACGGGCGAGAACCCUGGAGCAGUGACAUUGACUUGUCCCGUACUGUUGGUUGGUUCACCACAAUGACACCAACGCAUCUAUCUCGCGAAGACACGGCGAGUAACUUUGCGAGGGUAAUCAAAGACGCACGAAGGCGACUCCCAUCGAAUGGUUGGGCCUACUUCACCUCACGUUAUCUCAACGAUGAGGGCAUCAAAGCCUUUAGCUCUCAUGAUAAUGUCAUGGAAGUGCUAUUUAACUAUCACGGCCAGUUUCAGCAGAUCGAAACUGAUUCUUUAUUCGAGAGUGUCGCAUUUGAUGGUGUUUCUGAUGUUGGAUCCGAGCUGCCCACCUCUGCACUCUUUAGUAUCGACGUCUCCAUUGUAGAUGAUCUUAUCAAGUUUAGCUUCUCUUGGAACCGGCAUAUCAGUCAUCAAGAUCUCAUCCGAGAUUGGGUCGCGCGAGUUGUUCCGUCGAUGCAGACCCUCUCCAGGUCCCUGUUGGCUUUGAAGCCUUCGCUCACAAUUGCGGAUUACGAGUUUCUGGACUUGGAUUACAACGGUCUGGACGAGUUGCAAAAUCGUAUUCUUCCUUCCCUCCAGCCCGAGCUUGCCACGACUAUUGGCGACAUUUAUCCUUGCUCACCCAUGGUCGAUGGCAUGCUGCUCAGUCAGAUCCGGAAUCCUGAAACUUACAUGACAUCGAUCAUGUAUGAGAUACAGACUAGCCAGGGGCGUCUCGAUAGGGAUACACUGAUCGAGGCAUGGCAAGCAGUUAUUACGCGCCAUCCAGCCCUUCGCAGCGUUUUUGUCGAAGGUGUUGACAAGAAGUCGGCCUUUGCUCAGAUUGUGCUAGAGACGUAUCGAGGAGAGGUCGUGGUGCUCAAAGGCUCAACAAAGACUGCGGCUGUAGCUUUGAUCCGGCAAUUGCCUGUUAUCAGCCAUGGAAGAUCAAAACCGCCCUGCCGUCUUGUUCUUUGCGAAGUUGAGGAAGAUAGCUCGACCAUCUGCCAGAUCGAGAUGAGCCACGCCAUUGUUGAUGGAGCAUCUACAGCCAUCAUGUUGAAUGACUGGUCCAGGGCUUACAUCGGAAUGCUGGGGGCAGAAGUGCUAAAUGGGCCAAAUCGCAGUUUAGCCCAGGCUCUCAGGACCAGCGAUGCAGACAAGAAAAUGAUAUACUGGAAGAACAAGCUAGCGGAAGUAGAGCCCUGUCACUUUCCUCGCUUGUCUGAAUCGUCUCUUGUCGGCACUGCCACAGUCAGUGUCGACCUCGGCGGAGACGACUUUGCACGAAUCCAGCAUUUCUGUGAAGUCCAUUCCGUUACUCCGGCGAGCAUAUUCCAGAGCGCCUGGGCGCUGAUCUUAUCAAGUUACACUGGCAACAAUUCCGUAUGCUUCGGAUAUAUUGCAUCGGGCCGUGAUCUGCAGGUUGAUGGGAUCGGGGAUUCCAUCAAUGCUUUCGCCAAUAUGAUGGUUUGUUGUGCCAAUGUAUCGCGUGCUUGGACUCCAGAGCAGCUCGUCCAGCGGCUUCAUGAGCAGUUCUUAGAAGACUUAGACUCUCAGAACUGUUCUCUCGCUGAUAUACAGCACGGGCUCGGGCUUACGCCCGGUAUUUCUCUAUUCAAUACCAUUGUUUCCUUCCAAAAGGAUGAUUUUGAGACGCAGGACAGUAUGGAUAUCGGAGGACUAGUGUUUAUUGAUAUUGAUUCUGAAGAUCCUACUGAGUACGACAUUUCUUUUGAUAUUAGUUAUGGCAAGAAAGAGGUAUCAUUCUCACUAGACUAUCGCCAAUCUUGUUUGACAAAUAAACAAGCUGAGCGUGCCAUUUCGCUUUUGAAGACCAUCAUCGCAUCUCUCGUUGACGAAGAGGUACUGCUUGGUACCAUCGCCGAUAUUAGCACGGUUGACCAGAACGAUGUUGAGGAGAUGUGGAAUUGGAACUCUGUUGUUCCUGAAACAGUGGAAUCCUUGACACAUGAUGUGAUAUCUGAAACGGCACUUAAGUUUCCCUCCGCCUUGUCCAUCUGCGCUUGGGAUGGAGAUUGGACAUAUCAGCAGCUGGAUAACCUGUCUACUACACUCGCUUAUGAAUUGGCUCGUCGUGGGGUCGGUCCUGAAACAUUAGUUCCGCUCUGCUUUGAAAAGUCUCGUUGGGUACCAGUGGCGAUGCUUGCUGUUAUGAAGGCCGGUGGUGCGAGCGUGGUUUUAGACUCUACUCUUCCUCAAGAACGCUUACGAGUUAUUCUACAACAAGUCUCACCGAUUAUCAUCCUCAGUUCGUCUGCUAGCCAAGAUAUUAUCAGACCCUUAAGCCAAGGGCCUAUGUUUGUGGUCGAAGAGACGAAUGUGGCUUGCUUGGAAGCGCCACUCGAUGCCAGAACAGCCAUUUCUGGUGUGAUGCCCUCCAACACGCUCUAUGUCGUCUUCACCUCUGGCAGUACCGGAACCCCAAAAGGCGUAACUAUUAGUCACUCGAAUUUCGUCAGUGCCCUCCGUCAUCAAGAUGGCGUGAAUAACUUCAAGCCUGGCUCUCGAGUCUACGACUUUGCGUCUUACACGUUUGACGUGUGUUGGUCGAAUGUGCUGAGCGCUCUUGCGUGCGGUGCCACUCUCUGCAUUCCAUCAAAUUCUGAACGCCAGAGUGAUCUGGCUGGAUCACUAGAGAAAUUCCAGGUCACUCACGUGGAGAUGACUCCUUCAGCCGCCCAGCUUCUUCCGCCCAGGGUAUUAAAGCGCUUGGACACGUUGAUCCUUGGUGGCGAAACUCUUUCACCUGAAUUGGCCAGAUAUUGGUCCAGCAUGGUGAACAAUGUUCAGAACUCAUAUGGACCGUGUGAAUGUACACCUACCACCACAGCGGCGAACAUUCACUCAAGUAACGUUGAAGCGGUUAAUAUUGGCCGCGGACUUGGCGUGAACACGUGGGUUGUGAGUACUGCAGGAGACUCUCUUGCACCACUUGGAAGCACUGGCGAGUUGCUUCUCGAAGGCCCACUUGUUGGUCCUGGGUAUCUCAAUGACGCGGAGAGAACCGCUGCUUCUUUCAUCGAGGACCCUCCUUGGCUGCUCCGAGGCUCCGCGACCCAUGCCGGACGCCGGGGACGCUUAUACAAGACUGGAGAUCUUGUUCGCUAUCUGCCAGACGGGAGUUUGGCCUUUCUGGGCCGAAAAGACAGUCAGGUCAAAAUCAACGGCCAGCGUCUGGAACUCGGGGAUAUUGAGUACUACGUCCGAUCCAGUAUCACCUGUAGCUACCCUGUUCAAGUAGUUGUGGAUGUGGUGAAGCCUCAAGACAGCGAGAAGCAGAUGAUUGUGGCUUUCUUAGCCGUUGAGGGGGAAGUGUCUCCAGACUUGGACGAGAUCACAGAUGGUCUUGUUGACAGACUCACGAGCCAGGUACCUGCAUACAUGAUUCCGACUGCUUACAUGUUGCUUGGGAGUAUACCAAUGACACCUUCGGGCAAGACGGAUCGGCGCUCGCUCCGCGCCAUGGCCGGGCAACUUACAAGAGUCGAGCUCACGGCGCAUGGUCCGACUCAGAGGACCAGAAGGAAGCCAACGACAUCCCGAGAGAUUCAGCUCCAAAGUCUCUGGUCCACUGUCCUCGGAUUACCUCGCGAAUCUAUCGGCAGCAACGACAGCUUCUUGCGCCUUGGGGGCGAUUCUGUUGGUGCCAUGAAGCUUGCCGGUCUGGCGCGUGACUGUGGGCUUUCGGUCAUGGUGACUGACAUAUUCAAACAUCCACGCUUAACUGAUCUUGCUAAAACUAUUCGAAACUCAGCCGCCAAUCAACCUAAAAUCUCCGCGCCAUUCUCGUUGCUACACGGAGAUCAUACGCCAUCCGAGAUUCGGGCUCGAAUUUCUCAGCUCUGCAACAUUGACGCUGCACACGUUGAAGACGCAUUUCCCUGCACACCCUUGCAGGAAGGCCUAAUGGCUCUGACUUUGAGACGAUCAGGAGACUAUAUCGCCCAGAACACUUUUCAGCUCCAAUCUACCAUUGAUAUCAAUCUCUUCCAACGGGCUUGGGAGCAUGUUCUGGAAACAACGCCUAUUCUGCGAACGCGCAUUGUCGAUAUUGGUCUCCAAGGUUUGACUCAAGCGAUUGUCUCGGACGAAUCGAUUACAUGGCCAGAAAUCACUAGUACUGUUGUCUACCUGGAAAAUGACAAGCAGCUGGGCAUGGGCUUGGGCACACCUCUCAUGCGAUAUGCCAUAACCAGAAACUCAAAUGACCAAUACUCUUUCAUCUGGACUAUACACCACGCCUUGUAUGACGGCUGGUCAAUGCCACUUGUUCUUGAGAGACUUGAGAUGGCAUACAAUGGAACGGUCUUGCAAGCGCCACCCCCAUUCCAAAACUUCAUCAAAUUUAUCAGCCAAGGUGAUGGAAGAGCUGCUUACGAUUUCUGGACCUCACAAUUUGGACAGAUCCAGGCUCAGUCAUUCCCAUCACUACCCUCGCCUGUCUACCAGCCUCGCUCAGACAGUGGAGUUUCGUAUCACAUCAAAGACAUGGCGUGGCCAAAAACGGAUACGACAGCAUCAACCGCUAUCCGUGCGGCCCUUUCCAUCCUAAUCGCAGCCUACUCUGAUGAUUCGCAUGCCCUAUUUGGUGCGACUGUCACUGGUCGCCAAGCGCCAGUCUCAGGGGUCGAGAGCAUGACAGGUCCAACUAUUGCUACAGUACCGAUCAAGGUAGCCCUCGAUAAAGCAAGCACUGUGAACCAAUUUCUGCACCAAAUACAGGACCAAGUUGUCGAUAUGACAGCAUUUGAACAGACUGGUCUGCAGAAAAUCCAAAAAGUCAACGAUUUUGCCAGACAAGCCUGUGAGUUUCAAACACUGCUGCUCAUCCAUCCAUUUGAGCAGCCAAACAACUCCACGAGUCCUCUUUUCUUUGACAUGGAUGAUGAGGUCGUAAAAGAUGGCCUUGUGAAUGGAGAUGAGGCCGAGGAUGAUUCUUUCUCCAACUUUGAUACACAUGCCAUCACCAUCGAGUGCGAUCUUGAGCCAACGGGCGCGUUGCUUCGCGUGCGAUUCGACUCUCAAGUCAUCAACAAGGUCCAGGUGAAGAGACUCGCGACUCAGUUUGACGUGAUUCUACGUCAGCUGUGCGACCCAGAAUGGGCACAACGCAAGCUUGUCGACAUCAACACCGUGAGUGCCAGGGACUUGGAACAGAUUUGGCAUUGGAACGCAGCCGUGCCUGAGACCAUCAACUAUACUGCGCAUGACUUAAUUGCCGAAAACGCUUCCAAGUAUCCCGAUUCACCGGCAGUGUGCGCGUGGGAUGGCCACUGGACAUAUCAAGAACUAGAGUCGAUUGCAACCCACAUCGCUCAUCGACUUGUGACGCUAGGCGUUGGCCCUGGUGUUAUUAUACCUCUUUGCUUCGAAAAGUCUCGCUGGAUGCCUGUAGCUAUGCUUGCUGUUAUGAAAGCAGGGGGCGCUUCCGUGGCUUUAGAUACCACGUUGCCUCAAGACCGGCUCCGCGCUAUCUUGCAGCAAGUUGAUCCGCUUAUGAUCCUAUCCUCCUCGUCAAGUCAGAAGCUCGCGAAACAGCUGGCGAGUCGAAACAUGGUGGUUUUGGGCGACGACUACGGAAAUGACCUUUACAAACACCCUUUGCACAAGACGCUUCCGAAAGUUGAGCCGUGGAACAAUCUUUAUCUCGUCUUUACGUCGGGAAGCACCGGCGUUCCAAAAGGUGCAAUAGUUACUCAUUCCAACUUUAUGAGCGCCAUUCACCAUCAGCAAGCAAUUACAGGCUUCAACAGAUCAUCACGUGUAUAUGACCUCGCAAAGUAUGCUUUUGAUAUCAGCUGGUCCAAUUUCAUACAUACAUUGGCUGCUGGUGGUUGCCUUUGUAUUCCUUCUCAGGAAGAGGCUAUCAAUGAUAUUCCUGGCUCAGUCCGGGCGUAUGAUGCCAAUUUCAUAGACAUUACACCUUCUGUGGCAAGCACACUACGACCGUCGGACUUGGGAAGCCUGAAGACCGUUGUAUUUGCUGGGGAGGCGCUUUCCAAUCACCAGGUUUCACAAUGGUCAAAGCAUGCACGUGUGCUCAACAUGUACGGUCCGGCAGAGUGCACCGUCAAGGCUACAGUGGCCGAGAUCAACGGAUCCGCCUCGUCGUCAGCGGCUAGCAUCGGUCGUGGUGUUGGUCUGUGUACUUGGGUUGUCGAUCCUUCAGACGCCCUUAGAUUGGCCCCAGUGGGCACAGUAGGCGAGUUGGUAUUGGAAGGGCCGCUUGUUGGAUCCGGAUAUCUCAAUGACUCUGCAAAGACUGCAGAGGCUUUUAUUGAUAAUCCACCGUGGCUGCUCCACGGUGGUCCUGCCCGUCAAGGCCGCAGUGGGCGUGUAUACAGGACUGGUGAUCUCGUUCAAUAUGACAUCGACGGGAACCUCACAUUCAUCGGUCGAAAGGACGGCCAGAUCAAGAUCAACGGCCAACGAUUGGAACUCGGCGAUGUCGAAUACAAUCUCGCGGAAAGCCUUGGGACCGAAAUAGAGGUCCAGCUUGCCGCUGAAAUAAUAACCCCCAGUGAUGGUGACAAGCCGAUCUUGGCUGCCUUCAUACAGUCAUCCGGGCAGUUUGAAGAUUUGGAGUCGGAAGUACAGGCACUAACGAAGGGUGUCAAUGACCGCCUUGUCUCUAAGGUCCCUAGACACAUGAUUCCGUUGGCCUAUAUUAUGAUUGAUAAGCUACCGCUCUCUGCGACUGGCAAGUUAGACCGCAAGCAACUCCGAUCAUUGGGAGCGAGCAUGACACUGUCGGAUAUUACAAGGUCAGCACACUCGCAGGAAGAACGCCGGCCGCCAUCGACAGCGGCAGAGCUAUGUAUGCAGAAAGUUUGGGCUCGCACUCUCGGUGUUGACUCCGGUUCAAUUAGUGCUGACGAUAGUUUCCUCCAACUUGGCGGUGACUCCAUUCUCGCUAUGAAGCUCACCACCCAGGCCCGAAGCGAAGGGUACGAGCUCUCUGUUGCCGACAUACUCAACAGUCCAAAGCUAUCAAACAUGGCCUUGCAUCUGCGAAAUGGGGACGAUAGGUCUGUUGUUCCUAUACCGAAUUACCAACGAUUUUCGCUUUUGCUACCAGAAAGCCGACCGGCAAUUGAGCAGAUCCUAUUUCAUCUCGGUAUCCCAAUGGACAAUGUGGAGGACAUUCUUCCUGUUACCGACCAGCAGACUCGCUAUCUUCUAACGAGUUACACAUCGGCUCGUAGCUCCGUGUACUACCACACACGCGAACUGUCCCAUGAUUUCGAUGUUAACAAUAUUCAACAAGCCUGUCUCCGUCUUGUCAAACGUCUUGAUAUGCUGAGAACGGUCUUUUUUGCAUAUAAGGAUGAGUUCAUGCAGGCUGUGCUCACACAGACAGCUGGAGAAAUUGACGUCUUUCGGACUGCGGUAGAGAGUUUGGACGACUUUACAUUGAUGCUGAAGAAGCAAGACUUGCUGUGCAAAAUGGAAUUUGGAAACCCGCCCGCCAAAAUCCGCAUCAUUCACCAAACGCGUGAGCAAAAGGCUCGCAUUGUGAUUCGUCUUUCUCAUGCCCAGUAUGACGGAACAGCACUAGCCAAAUUGUGGUCCGCUUUCGAUGAGUGCUUCAGCUCAGCCUCGAAUAAUGAUAUGAGCACCGGGUCGAGUUUCUCUCAUUAUAUGCAUGCUCUGUCCCUAGUCGAUAAGCAAAGCUCAGCAGAAUAUUGGCGAGAGAUGCUCCAAGGAAGCACGCGGACACCCAUCAAAAGCCAGUCGGCGCCCCGUCUCGGCUACGGGCUUGGUCCAACCGUUGUCAAGACUAUACCAGCAUGUAAUUUGCAGUCUGGAGACUUUACCUUUGCUACCGUCCUAAAAGCAUCGUGGUCAUAUGUCCUCGCAAAACACUCAGCAACUGGCGACGUUGUUUUUGGCACCCUGGUACACGGCCGCAACCUGCCAGGCACGCAACACGUUUUCGGUCCCUGCGUUAAUAUCGUCCCUUGUCGCCUCAUCUUCCAAGAGAACUGGACGGCUCGGGAUCUCAUUUCCGCCAUCAACUCUCAGCAGGUUGCCAGCAUUCCAUAUGAGACAAUGGGCUCCCGAGACAUCAUUCGCAACUGCACAAGUUGGCCCAAGUGGGCCUAUUUCAGUUCAGUCAUUGUGCAUCAGAAUUAUGAGAAUCGCCAGGAAGAAGACCCUAUUAAAGAUUUCGACCAUUCCGACCUUUCGACGGGCGAUAUUGACAGUGUCGAGGUCUACAUCACUUCUACACCAGGCCCGGAGAGCACAGAAAUCGACCUAACCUUUGCCCACGAUGCUGUCCCUCCUUGUCUAGCAAAUCAGCUCUCUUCGGAUCUGACUCGCACCAUCACUGAGUUCUACAAAGACUUGGACACGAAAUUGAUGCCGCCAGCCGACAUUCAGAAUCAACCAGCCUUGCUGCCUGUGGCAGGUGAUGCAAGGACGAAUGUGGCUCCGCCAACUAGCGAGCAAAUAAUGAUGCUGAAGAGUUGUCCGAGCAAGCUAAGAGAUGACCUCGGCAACGCUUGGAGAUACGUGCUGAGACAACAAGACGUGCCUAGUGAUCUGUCUUGCGAGACAUUUUUCGAACUGGGUGGUGAUGCCCACAAUGCGGGCCAGUUGGCCGCUCAUAUGCAACGGCAAGGCUAUCGGUUCAGAAUUGAGGAUGUUUUUGAGCAUCCGACAUGGUUUGAUCUUCUACUUGAAACUAUGAAGCAGUAG